AUGAUAGUGGAGAAAGUGGCUCCGUUUGAGGUUGAUGAUGACGCCACUACCACAAACCAAGAAACCUGUGAAUACAAUGCAAUCUUAAAGCCGAAACCUCAAGGAUGUGAUGAAUUUUGCACAUUUGAAAUCAAGAAGUUGAUUAAAUUUCGUUGCAAGGUGGAAGAUGCAAUUCUUGAAAAUGCCCUGUUUGAGAAAAAGAAAAAGAAAUUCUUUUCCAAAGGAAAUGACAAGAAAAAUGAAGAUAAUUUGAAGGACAUUACUUUAUGGGGUGUCCCUUUAUUACCUAGCAAAGGUCAUCAAGGUACAGAUGUUGUCCUAAUGAAAUUCUUAAAGGCAAAAGAUUACAAGGUGUCUGAUGCAUUCAAAAUGCUGCGCAGAAUGCUGAAAUGGAGAAGGGAUUUUGGAGCUAAUGAAGUUCUUGGUGAAAAUUUCGAUCCCGGGCUCGAAAAUACUUUGUUCUUGAACGGCAAGGACAAAGAAGGCCGCCCUUUGUGUUACAAUGUGUUGGGGGAGUUUGUCGAUAAGAAAUCUGGGAACCAAUUCAAUGAGAAAAGAGAGGAGUUUUUGAAUUGGAGAGUUUAUUGUUUAGAAAAAGGGAUUCAGAAUCUUGAUUUUAAACCAGGUGAGGUGGAUUCAAUUGUUCAGAUCACAGAUUUGAAGAAUUCUCCAGGGCAUGCUAUAAAUGAAGUUCGGUGGAUUAGCAAGAAAUGGCUGAUGCUGCUUCAUGAUAAUUACCUUGGAAUCGUUCACAAGAAUUUUAUUAUAAAUGUUCCAGCAUGGUUUCUGGCUCUGCAUGCUAUAAACUUGAGGCUCAUUACCCAAAAGAGCAAGCACAAGUUUGUUUUCGUCAAGUCCUCAAGAGUCGCAGAAACCCUUCUCAAGUAUGCCACUCCAGAAAACUUACUAGCUCAAUAUGGCGGCCUUAUGAGAGAAAAUGACACCGAGUUCUCAACAGAUGACAAAGUUCUUGAAAUAAAUGCUAGAGCAAAUACAACUGAGCGCAUUCAGAUACCUAUCAAUGAGGCGGACGUGACAAUGACUUGGGAUGUAACCGUGGUUGGGUACGAGGUGACAUACAAAGAGGAAUUUAUUCCGGACGAUGAUUGUUCGUACAAGAUUUUGCUUCAGAAUGAGAAGAAAAUGGGUGAAAGUCAAUCUUAUCUCUCUGUAUCUCUAAUGUCUUGGUUGAAGUUGAGAAGAUUAUUGCCUCCAAGAGAAGUAUGGAAGGUAAUAACCAGCAAAUUUCAACUCAGACUGCAAAAAUCCAAAGCGAUCAAGGAACAGAAAACCCGACCCCGAAAAGCUUCCAAGAAACUUUCAUGGCUAAAACCAAACCUUUCGAUUCAACCUAAGAAAUUCAAACGCAAAAAACCUGCUACUUUAGGUUUUCAAUGUCACAGCCUGUGUCAUCUACCACAAAGAACAACUCCUUUGUACAUUGAUAAGCUGUUUAUACAACCUGUAUCUGUAGUCAAAGAGCAAGAAGUGGAAGAAUCAAGUGAAAAUAAGGAGAAAUGUUCAUCAAGUAGUUCUGAUUAUAAUCAGAAAAGUAAUUAUUUGAAAGAAUCCUUCAAGGACGAGAGCAUGCAAGAAGCAGAUGAUAUGUGGGAAUCAUUGGUGUUAGCAUCACCGCAAAUGAAUGGAAUUAAUGAGAGAGCUGAAGAGUUUAUCGCCAGGUUCCGGGCUGAGUUGCAGGAGCAAGAAAUUUUGUCUCGUCGAUUGUAA